AUGACCAUGUCAAACAGCAGUGAAGUGAAAACAGAGAGAAAUGUGAAACACAAAAUCAAUGCAGCUGAGGAGAUACAGACAUGUAUGAGGGGUUAUGAAGAUGACCAAAAAACGUCUGUUCAAGAAUUCAAAUCAAAUCUCAAACCUCAAGAAAAACAGCACGAGCCUGCACUGCAGACGUCAGUCGCUACAGGCCAUGUGCAGGAAAACAACCCGGACCAAAAGCAACCAAAAUUUGAGGAUAAAGUUGUUUUAAGAGAGAAGAAGGCAAGAGAGACAGAGGAUGAAAGACGACAAAGGCUCUCUGUACACAUGGAAGAGAUCGUAAAAGGAAAUGUAAAGGCAGCCAUGGAAAUCUUUGAAAACUUCAGAAAAAGAGAGGAACUCAAGGGGAUCCUGUCUCAAGUGCAAGAAAUAGAGGGAGAGGCCAGCAGUGUAGAUGACAGUUCAUUGAAUACAUUAUACCAGAAUGUCCCUACUUGGAUGGGUACAUCAAGGAGAAACGCUAAGCAAAGUAAAAUGGAGGAAAAGAAAGUUGAAGUAGAAACCCAGGAUGAUGAUCUUGAAAGCAUCUCCUCAGUUGAGACGGCAUUUGAAGAUCUGGAAAAAGCAAGCAAGGAAAUAAUGAACCUGAAGGAACAGACUUUAGCAAAGCUGCUUGAAAUCGAAGAGACGAUCAAAAAGGCUCUGUACUCCGUCUCCAAUCUGAAAUCUGAGGCUGACAUUGCAGGGUUGUCGGGGCUGUUCGAUGAGUCUUUGAAAUCUGAGCAAAACUUUCAACCUGCCAACAACAUCAGGAAGAUAAGCAUUGUUUCAAGCAAGGCCAAAUCAAGUCAGACAAAAGAGACAAGCGAUGUAAAUCUCCAGACAGAUUUGGAUUCAAGUCUUUCCAAAGAGGAAGUGUCCAGAAAAGGGCACAACAAGCCCCUUAUUAGACAGUCUUCCUCUCAGUCUUCACCAUCAUUCAUCUCCAUUCACUCAGCUGCCAGAAAACCAAGUGAUCAACCAAAGCCAACCAUGUCAACAUUUAAACCAAAAAAUAAUAGCUGCUCUGACAGUUGUCAAAAUGUGAACAGCGAUCUGGAGUCCGCUGCUGCCGAAUCUUCAAAAAAUGGCCCACAGCGCAAGGUCAGUGUUCUUGAAGUGCAAACCGCAGAGCAACCCGCAGGAAUAAUUGGCACGAAGACUGUCAGUGAAACUUAUGAAGAGACCGACGGCUUUGGCAAUGUAUUUGUUUCCUCCAGGACUUCAACAUUUGUCACCAAACAGUCUGACACUAAAACAUCUGCCCUGUUUGAAAUUAGUCCAACCAGAUACGAAGUCAUGACAUCCCCACUGAUGCGAAGAUCCGGGCGCUUUUUUGAAGAUAAAGUGUCGAGGAGCACCAAGGAUGACGGGACGGUAUUUGUAACAUUCGGCCCACCAAAAGAAACGCACUGAAUGAGCGACUUGUUAGUGCGUUCCACGGUCCUUUAACUUUAGGAAAGCAGUUAUUUCACGUGUGUUUUCAUCCCAUUUUUGUUUUAUUAGUGAAAGUGUUUUGUUAGUCUUUAAACUGAACUCAUGAAAUAAUGAAAAUGUUACCUUUAAACUGCAAACUUUUUGUCUUAUAGAUUUUAUACUGUAACCACAUGAUAAAGUGUUAAGAUCUUUUAACAAGGCUAAACACAAAGUUAGCACUGUUUGUUCUUCUGUUUUAAACGACUGUCAAAUAAAUGACAGGUUAGACGAUG